AUGCUUUUUCCAUACUCAACAGGAGACUCUUCAAACGUUUUGAUCAGCUCUGAUGCCACUCCCGUUAAGACACCAAGCAACCCUUGUCGUCUUGAUGGAUUAGUUAAUCAGCUUGUGCGGGACGCCCGCUCAUCUCAGAUACCAGUAUUCUUCUCACUCACGCGCCGCGAACUUCGUUACCUCUGCCAUAAACCAGCCUUGGUAUCUGCCGUUGGUGUUAUCAACUGGGAUGGGGCUGAAGAGCUAGGCUCUCGUCUUGCCAAACUUUACCGCGAGCCAUCGCCUCCGUCUUUCGCCGAGAGCUUUCAUCAUCCUACUACUACUUCAACUCAAAGAUUGCGGCCUUGA